AUGUCUUAUGAAAAGAAAGACGUAAGAUUGUAUUUUGAUGAAAAAGGCAAUGUUGGUUAUGCUAAAUUCCAAGCAAGAUGGGAUGGAUUGAAAAAGCUCAAAGUCAACUUAGGCAAUAAGCAUUUCACUUAACAAGUAGUCGAAAAGGCUAAAAUACUUUCUCGAGAAGAUUAAUAAAGACCCUUAGACAUCAUGAUUGCAGGAUUGACCAACGAUGAUAGCUCUGGUGGUAUAGCUGCCACAAGACCUGAGGAUUAUGAUUUCUUCCUCUUUUACUUAGAAACUCACAUUAGAGAAUAUCAAAAAAUCGAAGGCUAAACUAAAUAAGGCAUGACUGGAUUAUCCCUGUUGGUGAAUAUGUUCUUACAAAGAUAGAUCCAAAACUUGAAAAAAAAUGUAGCUGGAUACAACUUGCCUUCAUCUAUGGACAAAGAUGAGAGAAUCAAAUUUGAAAACCAAAUGGUUGAACUCUUUGAGAAAUUUUGCUUCCCUGAAAAAUAUCAUAGUUUAACAUCAGGGCAUAAAACUUUAUUUCAGAUUAAGAAGCUCAUGUUCAUAGAAACAAGCACUUCCUUUUCAUUAGUAUGA